AUGGCUACUCCGAAAAAGAGAAAGAUAUUGGAUCUUCAAACGAAACACCAAAUUUUGAUUGAUGUCGACAAAAGAAUUCAAUCCAAAAAAAAAAACAUAGCGGAGGCUUAUGGCAUACCGCAAAACUCGUUGAGUACGUUGUUGAAAAAUCGGGCACAAAUAGAGAAAGCUUUUAAUACUGGAACUUUCAGUCCAAAACGCAAGUAUUUACGGACAGCAAACCACUCAGAUAUUGAGGAAGCACUUUUUAAAUGGUUCCACAAUGUGCGUGAUAAAAAUAUUCCCGUCAAUGGACCAAUACUUUCCGCGAAAGCAGAGGAUCUUGCGAAAGAUCUCGGAUACAGUGACUUCAAAUCCUCGAAUGGUUUCAUUGAGCGUUUCAAAAAAAGAAGGGGUAUUUCAAGCAAAGUGAGUUCUGGGGAAAGUUCCUCCGUUUCCGAGGAAACUGUGGAUGAGUGGAAAAAUAAAGUUGGUGACAUCAUUUCUAAUUACACUCUAGACAAUGUGUUUAAUGCCGACGAAACCGGCCUGUUUUUUAAACUGACGCCUAAUCGAACACUUACAGUAAAAGGUGAAAACUGUCAUGGGGGUAAAAAAAGUAAAGAACGGAUCACGCUUUUGGUUGGAGCUAAUGAUUCGGGAACCGAAAAAUUAAAACUUUUGGUGAUCGGGAAAUUUUAA